AUGGCCCCGAAAGUGGAGAAAUUGUGCGGCAACUUCAAAUUGGGCGAAGCCCCAUUUUGGGACGAAGACGCCCAAGCGCUCUAUUUCGUCGACAUCAACGGGUACACCAUCAACAAGUACGAUCCGAGUACCAAAAGAACCACCAGCGCUUACGUUGGACGGAACGUGUCGAUAAUCAUCCCUGUGAAAGGUAAAACGGACCAAUUUCUGGUCAGCUUGGAACGCCAAUUGGUCCUGGUGACUUGGGACGGGCUAAGUGAAAGGCCUUCCAAGAUGGAGAAGCUGCUGGAAAUCGAGCCUGACAAACCGAAAAAUGUCUUCAACGACGGUAAAUGCGACCCAUCAGGAAGGCUCUGGAUAGGAACGAUGGGGGGACCGCCGGUGGUCAUAGCGGACAUAGAACACGAAAAAGGCACUUUAUACAGCCUGGAACGCGGACGCGCGAAGAUGGUACCGCACGUACCGCGCAUAGGAAUCGCCAACGGCCUGGCCUUCGACUCUGCGGCUAAACGGUUCUACUACAUCGAUUCCAGGAGCGGUACCGUCGACGCCUACGACUUCGACCUGCAGGAAGGGCGGAUUUCCAAUGGUAGAGCCGUGUUUACGGCGAGCAAACACGGCCUGCACGGGAUGGUGUUCGAUGGCAUGACAAUUGACAGGGAUGGUAACCUGUACGUGGCUGUAUGGGGCUCCAGGGUGAUCAAAAUCGAUCCGAGAACACCCGAAACUCUGCUCGGUACCAUCGAAAUGCCCGCGAAAAUUAUUUCGUCGGUGUGUUUCGGCGGGCCGAACAUGGACGAAUUGUUCGUGACCAGCGGUCAAGUGGGGAUCGUUCCGGGACCGGCAGAUGGCGCCACUUUCAAAGUGACCGGCCUCAGCGCCAAAGGUUAUCCAGAAGUUAAAAUCGCUUUGUGA